AAGGAAACAGAUUACCCUAAGUCUGCUGUUUCAUUUCCUCAUGGGAAGACACACAGCUGAGAAGAGAGACAGACAGAAGGCACUGAACUUCUGCCACCAUGGGGAACUGGUUUGUGAAUGAGGGAGUCUCAAUCUUUGUCAUUCUGGUAUGGCUGGGGAUGAAUGUCUUUCUCUUUGUUCAUUUCUACCUUGUUUAUGCAUUACCAGACAAGUUUUAUUAUACACGAAGACUUCUUGGUUCAGCUCUAGCAUUGGCCAGGGCACCUGCAGCCUGUCUGAAUUUCAACUGCAUGCUGAUCCUGCUACCAGUCUGUCGAAAUCUUCUCUCCUUCCUUAGAGGUUCCAGUGCGUGUUGUUCAACAAGAAUUCGAAGACAACUGGACAGAAACCUCACCUUUCACAAAAUGGUAGCAUGGAUGAUUGCACUUCACACUGCGAUCCACACUAUUGCACAUCUAUUUAAUGUGGAGUGGUGUGUGAAUGCCCGGGUUAACAAUUCUGAUAGUUAUUCAAUAGCACUAUCUGACAUUGGAGAUAAACCUGGAGAAGAAUACCUCAAUUUUGCUCGACAGAGAAUCAAGAACCCAGAAGGAGGUCUAUAUGUGGCUGUGACUCGAUUGGCAGGUAUCACUGGAGUUGUCAUCACACUGUGCCUCAUACUAAUUAUCACAUCUUCCACAAAAAUUAUCCGGAGAUCUUACUUUGAAGUAUUUUGGUAUACACACCAUCUCUUUGUGAUCUUCUUCAUUGGUCUUGCCAUUCAUGGAGCGGAACGAAUUGUGCGUGGACAGACUAAAGAAAGUUUGGAUAAACACAAGCCAGAAAUAUGUGAAAAAAAUAUCACUGAGUGGGGAAAAAUAGAGGAAUGUCCCAUCCCAGAAUUCGCUGGGAACCCUCCUAUGACUUGGAAAUGGAUAGUGGGCCCCAUGUUCCUGUAUCUCUGUGAGAGGUUGGUCCGGUUUUGGCGAUCUCAACAGAAAGUUGUCAUUACCAAGGUGGUCACUCACCCUUUCAAGACUAUUGAACUACAGAUGAAAAAGAAAGGAUUCAAGAUGGAGGUGGGACAGUACAUAUUUGUCAAGUGUCCCGAGGUGUCCAGACUCGAGUGGCACCCUUUCACACUGACCUCUGCUCCUGAGGAAGACUUCUUUAGUAUCCAUAUCCGUAUCGUUGGGGACUGGACAGAAGGACUAUUCAAUGCCUGUGGCUGUGAUAAGCAAGAGUUUCAGGAUGCCUGGAAACUACCUAAGAUAGCAGUUGAUGGACCCUUUGGGACAGCCAGCGAAGAUGUAUUCAGUUAUGAGGUGGUGAUGUUAGUGGGAGCUGGUAUUGGUGUUACACCCUUCGCAUCCAUUCUCAAAUCAGUCUGGUACAAAUAUUGUAAUAAUGCUACCACUCUGAAGCUUAAAAAGAUUUAUUUCUAUUGGCUAUGCCGAGACACACAUGCCUUUGAGUGGUUUGCAGACUUGCUGCAGCUUCUGGAGACCCAAAUGCAGGAGAAGAACAAUGCUGACUUCCUCAGCUACAACAUCUAUCUCACUGGAUGGGAUGAGUCUCAGGCAAAUCACUUUGCUGUGCACCAUGACGAGGAAAAAGAUGUGAUCACUGGCCUGAAACAAAAGACCUUAUAUGGAAGACCCAACUGGGAUAAUGAGUUCAAGACAAUUGCAAGUCAACACCCAAAUACCAGAAUAGGAGUUUUCCUCUGUGGACCAGAAGCCUUGGCUGAAACUCUCAGUAAACAGAGCAUUUCCAAUUCCGAAUCUGGCCCCCGGGGAGUGCACUUCAUCUUCAAUAAGGAAAACUUCUAACUAAUCUCCCAUGAAAAUCUAAAUGUAGGUUAUGUAGCC